AUGACAGCUUAUGUUGCCGCCUACCACACAAUCAUAUCAUUCGGUCUUGGUUUCCUCCAGUGCGUUCCGUAUCUGUCUGGACAGCCCGGAGGCGUUCCUCUCUCACCGAAAUCGGUCGUGUUCAAUUUUCUCAACGCCUUCAGCUUCUCCGUCGGCCCUGCCGGACUGCUACUACUAGCUUACUGCGUUGUCAACCUCGUAUUCAACGUGCUCGGUGUGGCAGUGACUAGAUAUGGAUCGGCUCUACAGGUCGGUGCCAUCAUGUGCUCCCUGGCCUAUGCAGUGAAGUUACCCGUGUCGAGUUUGCUGUACACGAGCUCCUUCCUUAUGGGUGAAGACUAUGCUGAAAGCUUCUCCCCUUACUCUUUGAUUGGAGUCGUCGGAGUAACUACUGGGUUUAUCUUGUAUGUACGCUACAGCAACUUGGGCGGCAUGGAGGAUCGCACUGAGUUCGUCACCCCGAUGCAGACGUCCUACGAAGAGCCUUGGGCCUUCCAUGAGCGUGUCGUUGGAUGUGUGUCCUCUGGAGUGGUGCCACACACCCCUAUUGCUGAUAGGAGUACCACGCCUCGUUUCAAUAUGAAUGAAGGAGCUUGA